AUGCAGUUCUGUAGCAUCAGCUCGAUUCCUAUCCUCGCUCCCGAUGGCUAUUCGGAUAGGCUUCUCCUGCAAUCGGCCAUAAAUCUUCCCGUGUCCCUACACGCAUUUAAUCACGGUCAGCCGGUAAACACUGCGGCUGUCAACACCUUUCGGAUCACGAUCGUUCUCCGUAACAUGGGCAGGCACCAAAUCACCGCAAGAAGAUAUAUGCAUGGUCUUUCUGUGACCGAAAUCGAGAUCCUUCCUCCACCCUGUGCGCAUUCUGGGGACGGCCUGCUCCCGAGCAGAUCGGCGUGCUCACACAUCCAGCGACAACAGCAACUAGUACCGAGCGCCCCAUCAGAUCGCACGAGGUCGUCCGUCCUGCGAGCGCUCGUUCAUUUAUGCGGUGUUGGCGGUCGAAAGAUAGAAAGCGUCUGCCUGGCGAGGGCCCGGGACUCGGCGGUAGAGAAGCGUUGCUGA